AAGCCCGCCCCCUUUCAGUCACUCAUCAACAUGGCGGCGCACAGAAAUUCGACGCAAAGCUGGAGAAAUAUUUACGUCUUUUGUUUGUUUAUUUCCCUCCAGCUGUGGUUCAACGUCUGCCUUUCGGCUCCAGCUAACAGUACAUCAGAGUUGCAGACUACUCAGGGAAUAGACCCACGACCUAGUUUGAACGUCUCGACUGUGGCAGCAGCUUGGACGAAGGCGACUACAGACGCAGAGAAACGGAGUACACCAAGUCCAAAGCUCGCACCAGCAACUGCUGCCGCCCGCAAACCAACGUCUGCCGAGGCCAAAGAUGUCAACAAGAUGACCCGUCAAGUAGUACCCACCCAGAGCAAGAAAGGCGCUAUUGUCACGCUCCCUCCACCUGCAGACAAAGAAACUACGAAAGAAACUACGAAAGAGAACGCAGUGAAGGUGACUUCUCCUGCUCCCACCGCCAACAUCAAGGUGACCCAGCCAACAGGUGAGCCCGACGUCCAGGGCACCUCCACAGAGGAAAGCGUCGAUCCACAGCUGGGUACGGAGAAGCAAGCAGAAAUUUCACCCUCCAAACCUCCUGAAGAUUACGAUUAUGAAAAAGACUUUGAAGUUUCUCCCUAUGAGGGGAGAAAGGAAGAUAAAGGGCAGCCGGUUAAUGUGCUGGAGGAAGUCGACAACUUCAGCUCAGAGGAACAGGAUUCCCACUUCUUCUUCCACCUGGUCAUCCUGGCCUUCCUGGUGGCCGUCAUCUACAUCACCUAUCACAACAAGAGGAAGAUCUUCCUGCUGGUUCAGAGCCGCCGUUGGAAGGAGGGUUUGUGUUCCCGUAACAACGUGGAAUAUCGGCGCCUGGACCAGAACGUCAACGAAGCCAUGCCGUCCCUCAAGAUGACCAAAGAUUAUAUUUUUUGAUUGAGGAUCUUAUAAACAGAAAUCCAGCUGCUUAUCUGAUCACUCGCAUAAAGUAGAGAGGCUUUGCUUUUUUUCAAAAAUCAUCUUUUACUUUGCAACAGUGGAAAUAAUUUAAUAUUUGUUAGAGUAGAAUUGGACAGAUUGUUGCCUUUUCUUUGACAUUUUUUUAUUUUUAUGUUUUCUUCAUUAAAAAAAAAAUAUAUAUAUAUAUAUUACAUCUUUGCAUCUUUGUGUAAUUUUUUUCGUUAAAGAUCAAAGAUAGUUGAACAAAUAAGGUGAUGUAACGUUUAGAUUCCUAAUUACUGUAUUUCCACCCAUAAAUGUCGAUUUCUCUCAGCAUUCAAACCAAGCUGUACACUGGCACGUAAAGCACUUUGUGUCAUGCAUAUAAAAAGCAUUAACUAAGCAGAGCAGCCAUGUAAAAUACAGAAAUAAAAUAAAUUAACACCUGUGUGUAAACUGACCUACCUUAAUUGUUGGUAAAUGAAGGAAAUAUUAGCCACCAGACUCUUAAUGUUUUUAGUUCUGAACAGAUCAUUUUAAAACAUCCAGGGACAUUUAAAUGUUUAGGGUUUUUAUUGGAUCUAAAUAUAAUAAAUAUUAUUUGCACUUUUAAAUAGUUUCAGAAAAUGCACAGUGCCCUCCUGUAUUACACAACUUUGGUUUAUGGAUGUGAAUAAAACGGUAGUGUGUUUUUAAGGAUAGCAUUUGAUCAGGGGAGGAAUAAUCUCGUGUGUUUAAGCCAUUUAAGAACGGGUUGAAUAUUUAUAGGAAUCUUUUAUUGCCAGGUGUCUGUGUUGGUCUCGAUAUCUUUGUUUUAAUUACUGGGUUCCUAAAGAUUUUGCUGUGCAGAUGUUUUGUGGCCUCCUGCUUUAUGGCUUCAGUGAAGUCUCUGUCAAAUCAUCGGCAAAUGAUGAAAAGCAACUGCAGCCUCCCAUUUUACUCCCACUUACCAGGAAAAUGUGCAGCAAGUAAAGGAUUUAGUUUUUCAGGGUAUUUCUCCUCUAUCUGUUGCCAUUUCAUGCCUUUUUGUUGAGAUGCCGUGAAACACCAUGGCCUUUUAGACAUGUCCAGGUAGUUAGAAUAUGGGGUAUGCUCUUAUGAUCUACUGCUACUGCAAUCAACAAUCGUUUUCUCAAUAAAGCACAAAUUAUAUAAAUGUUA